CAUGGCAACAAAAAUCAUCUUCUUCACAGUGAACGGGAGACCGGAGCAGGCGGAGUUCCCCGGGGACUGCCCUGCGCAGGAUUUCAAAGAUCUGUUCCGCUCUGCAGCCGAGGCAGGACCCCAUGACAUCCUGAAGCUGUACAAUCCCAAAGGCAACAUCAUCAACAUCUCCCCAGGUCUGGAGCCCAACUCCUGCAGCUCCUGCUACAAGCUGGAGGUGGUGGCUGCCGACAGCAACAGUGAGCCGUUAGGUGCGGAGCUUGCAGGCGCACUGGGAUUUGACCUCUCCUCCAUGGAGAAAAGACUGCAGGGCCUGGAGAAGAAAAUCCUGACGGAGGCCGGGGACGCUCCUGCAGUGGUGUACGAGAUGAAGAAACAGGUGGAUUCAUUCAGGGAGAAACUGGAGAGUGUGGAGCACCUGAGCUGGCUGGGGUUGUUUAAAGAUCUGUCAGAGGGAACGCACAAGCCCUCCCCCUUCUACCACAAGAGAACCCUGCAUAAAACCAGGAAGGAGUGUGAGCAUGUACGGGAGAAGUUUCUCCAAAUGAGCUCCCUGGAGGUAUCAGAGGAAGUGAGGCAGUACCUCAAGACCCCCACCUUUGAUAACUGGCAGUGGGAAGACGCAGAGAUCAUGGUGCUCCUGCAGGUCAUGUACACAGAUCUAGAUUUCAUCGCAGCCUUCAACAUCGAGCCGGAGGUCCUGCAGCAGUUCCUGUUCGAGGUCUACCGAAGAUACAACAACAUCCCCUUCCACAACUUCAAGCACUGCUUCUGUGUCACCCAGAUGAUGUACGGUUUGAUCUGGCUGACGGACCUGAAGAGUAAGAUGGACAGCGUAGACCUGCUUAUCAUGCUGACCUCUGCAGUGUGCCACGACCUUGACCACACAGGGUACAACAAUGCCUAUCAGAUAAAUGCUCGGACUGAACUCGCUCUCCGCUACAACGACAUCUCUCCGCUGGAGAACCACCACUGUGCCAUAGCUUUUGAGAUCCUGGAGAAGACAGAGAGCAACAUCUUCAGAAAUCUGUCCAUGAAUCAGUACAAGCGGAUUAGAGAAGGGAUCAUCAAAUGCAUCCUGGCCACCGACAUGACGAGGCACAAUGAGAUUCUCAACAAGUUUAAGUCCAUCCUGACGGCUUUUGACUUCGCCAACAAGGAGCACAGAGAAGUGUUGAUGAUGAUCCUGAUCAAAGUGAGUGACAUAUCCAACGAGGCGCGGCCCAUGGAGGUGGCUGAGCCCUGGUUGGACUGUCUGCUGCAGGAAUUCUACAACCAGAGUGAUGUGGAGAAGUUAGAGGGUCUUCCAGUCACCCCCUUCAUGGAUCGGGACAAAGUCACCAAGCCGUCAUCUCAAACAGGCUUCAUCAGAUUUGUCCUUCUGCCUCUCUUCAUCGAGCUGGCCAACCUCUUCCCCUGCCUGGAGCAACACAUAAUCAGCCCGGUGCGGAAGGCUCUGGAUUACUACACAGAGAUGGAGAAGGCGCUGGAGAGGGAGAAAGUGAUCCGGGCUCAGAGUAAGGAGGGGACACAGUGUUCCGCUGACUGCCUCUCAGAUGCCGGGCCUGACCUAAGAGCUGAGGCGCAGUGAAGAAUCUGUGGUGGACCCGGGCCCUCUAAGAGCUGCUAUCUAAAGAUUGUAUGAUUUUUAGAUUUAUUUGAAUGUAUUUGAACCAAAUCAAACUGAAUCUAAAUGUGUAUUUCUUAUUAUUAGAAUUAGAAUUUUUAUUUAUUUUUUGUUUUUCUUACAAGUACUGUAUGGUGUACUUACCUUUUUCUUAUUGUAGUGUUGGUAUAUGCAGUUGUCUGUUAUGUGAUGUAAACUGUAAUAUAUUUGAAAGAGUAUGUAUAAAAUACACAAGAGAAAAAAAUAUUUUAUAUCACAAAAGGAAAUCAAAUCUGUCAUGUUGCUGCAAGAAGUGACUCACUUAAUUUAAAUAGGACUUACAUUUUUAUGAAGCUUGAACUUAAAAACAUUUUGCCCUCACUGUUCUUUCAAGUAAUGUUGGAAACAUGAUUAAUCAUAUUACACUGACAUCUCUGGGUGUUGGAAUGAUGAACAUGACAUUUAAAGACAUCACUUUAUGAUUUGUCCCAAUGUCUGACAUUAUGGACCAUUCUCAUUAUCGGGCAGAUUCACCCAUUAGAAUCGUGGCAAGUGAAAACACUAUGUACAAUGUAAUGUUGCCACCCUGUGGCGUCAGUGCGUUAUAACAUACUGGAUUUAACCGCACCACAGUUUGUUUUUACAUUUUAAUAAAUAAUCUUCAGAUUAGGGUUACAUCACAGUUCAUGGUUUGUUGUAAAUAUGAUAUGCGCUUCAGAACCGAGCUACUUUCUUCUGGCUAAAGUAAAAACGCCACAAAUGGGCCCUCCUGCUCCUCAGGGUGAAAAACAUGUGAUCCUUCUUAAAUGUAUGGAGUGCCUUGGUAGUGGAGUGGUUACAGUGCAAACCACAUAACCUGAAGAAAGGCCUUAUUGCUGCUGAAUCAAUGUGACACCUAUCAGUGAAGGGACAGCAGGGGAUGAGUAAUUUCUCUCAAAAAGUGUAAAUCCCCACCACAACAAUUUAUUGAGCUUUCAGACAUAGAUAAUGGUAAAUGGACUGUAUAUAAAACUUUAUCAGGUCUUUAAGACCCCUCAGAGCUCUUCUACAUACUACAAGUCUUUCCCCCCUUUCACGAGAGCAGUGUAUGCUUAUAUUUAUACAUUCAUUUCAUUGGAUUUAUGUAAAUAAUUGCUUUUUUAUGUCAAAGGGAUCUACAUAACAAAUUCUAUUUGUUGAACAGGAACAAUGAAAUGUUCACUGCUAAAUUGAAUAAAUAUGGUGGCUGUAGUAAUCUCAAUCAGAAUGUAACGAUUCACCAUCAGACUAUCAGUGCGUAUUUCCAGCUUAUUGUGAUAAACCCCAGGAAAAGAGCAUUCUCAGCCAGGGCAGAGCCAUUUAUUACCUAAUAGAGACAUUAUUAUGAUAUGAUGUGUAAUCAGAUUAUUAUUUCUUCAGAACGUUAUCACUUUAACAGCUGUGACACCCCCGUCUGUUCCCAGUUAAACUCCAGCCCUAGAGAACGCUUGUUUACAUGAAUCUCGGGCUGAAAUAUUUUUGACCAUUUGAAAGAAAAUAAAGGAGUUUUAAUGCAAUACAACGUGAGCUAUGUGUACUUCAGUAUAAAAUGUGGACUGAUUGCCAU